GGUAGCGUCAGUGCGUGACGCUCGAGCUUGGCCGCAAUUUACACGUGGCUGUGUCUGAGGCGCGUUGUUGCUGCUGCCACUACAGUCGCUGCCGGCACUGCCCUUGCCACUACCAGUAUGAAGCGACCGAAGUUAAAGAAAGCAAGUAAACGCAUGACCUGCCAUAAGCGUUAUAAAAUCCAAAAAAAGGUUCGAGAGCACCAUCGAAAAUUGAGGAAGGAGGCUAAAAAACGGGGUCGCAAAAAGCCUAGAAAAGACCCAGGAGUUCCAAACAGUGCUCCCUUUAAAGAAGCUCUUCUUCGGGAAGCUGAGCUAAGGAAACAGCGGCUUGAAGAACUAAAACAGCAGCAGAAACUUGACAGGCAGAAGGAACAGGAAAAGAAAAGAAAACUUGAAACUAACCCUGGUGUUAAGCCAUCUAACUUGGAACCUGUGAAGGAGGAAUUUGGGCAGGGCAGAGCUAAGGACAAACCCAAGUCUGGCAAACAGAAUCCGAAGAAGUUGUAUUGUCAGGAACUUAAAAAGGUGAUUGAAGCCUCAGAUGUUGUGCUGGAGGUGCUGGAUGCCAGAGAUCCACUUGGUUGCAGGUGUCCCCAGUUAGAAGAGGCCAUUAUCCAGGAUGGACAGAAGAAGCUGGUACUUGUAUUAAAUAAAUCAGAUUUGGUACCAAAGGAGAAUUUGGAGAACUGGCUAAAUUAUUUGAAGAAGGAAUUACCAACAGUGGUGUUCAGAGCCUCAACAAAUAAAGACAAGGGCAAGAUAAUCAAGCAUUUGAAGGUAAGGAAGAGAGCUCCAUUCAAAAGCGAAGUCUGUGUUGGGAAAGACAGCCUUUGGAAGCUUCUCAGAAGUUUUCAGGAGGCUCGUGGCAAAGCCAUUCAGGUUGGAGUAAUUGGUUUCCCAAAUGUGGGGAAAAGCAGCAUCAUCAAUAAUUUAAAACAAGAACGGAUAUGUAAUGUUGGUGUAUCCAUGGGGCUUACAAGGUGCAUGCACGUUGUCCCCCUGGACAAACAAAUCACAGUCCUAGACAGUCCAAGUCUCAUUGCGUCUCCACUUAAUUCUGCCAGUGCACUUGCUCUGAGAAGUCCAGCAAGUAUUGAGGUGGUGAAACCAGUGGAGGCUGCUAGUGCCAUCUUGGCCCAGGCUGAUGCUCGACAGGUAGUACUGAAAUUUACUGUUCCAGACUUUAAGAAUCCUGUGGAGUUUUUUACAUCGCUUGCUCAGAGAAGAGGACUGCACCGAAAAGGUGGAAGUCCAAAUUUAGAAGGUGCUGCCAAACUGAUGUGGUCGGAGUGGACAGGUGCUUCCUUAGGUUACUAUUGCCAUCCCCCUACAUCCUGGACUCCUUCUCCACAUUUUAAUGAGGGCAUUUUGACAAACGUGAAACAGGACCUUAAUCUGGAAGAACUGGAAAAGAACAAUGCACACAGCAUACGUACUAUCAGGGGCCCUCGUUUAGCCAGCAGCAUCCUUUUCCAGUCUUCGGGUCUGACAAAUGGAAUAAUUGAGGAAAAGGACAUACCUGAAGAACUGCCAAAACAGAAGAAGCAGCAGGAGGAGGGGGAGAACUACAGUGACCUUGACAGUGACCAGGAAAGUGUUGAAGCAGCAGCUGGUGAAAACAGCUUAGACAUGUCUGGGGCAGAAGAGGCCUGGGAGGCACUACCUGAGGAGUCUCAAGCAGAUGAGUCAGCACAUUCUUACAUCUCAGAUAAAAUGACUGAAGAGGAAGAUGAUGCUUAUGACUUCAGCACAGACUAUGUAUAACAGAACCUUGUCCUUUUGUAAGGUGGCUUCUUAACAUUUUGAACAGACUGC